AUGAAUAUUUCCAACUAUGAUGAAGUAGAGUGUACUGUUUGCACUAAAGGUAAGAUGUGCCAAUUUAGGAAUAGAUCCCCAGAUGAAAGAGCAACUGCUCCAUUAGAUUUUGUGCAUUGUGACCUGGCUGGUCCUAUUGAUCCUGUAGGAAGAGAUGGCUUUAAGUAUGCUUUGUCAUUCGUUGAUGACCAUUCAGGGAUUAUUAUGGUCUAUUUUCUAAAAUGUAAGAGUGAUACUUCAGAAGCAUUACAGCAAUAUUUGGCCGAUGCUGCUCCUUUUGGGAGGGUUAAGCGUGUCAGGAGUGACAAGGGCACAGAAUUCACUAGUCAUCAAUUCAAAUCCUUUCUUCGAGAAAAUAGGAUAAGGCAUGAGACUAGUGCACCAUAUUCCCCACAUCAGAAUGGAACGGUGGAAAGAGCAUGGUUGAGUCUUUUUAAUAUGGCUAGAUGUUUGUUGCUUGAGGCAAACUUGCCAAAGCCCAUAUGGACUUAUGCUGUUAUGGCAGCAGCCUACAUCAGAAAUUGUUGCUUCAAUGCGAGAUUGGGCAAAACUCCUUAUGAGGCAUUUACAGGGUCUAAACCAGAUUUGAGCAAUAUGCAUGUCUUUGGUUCCGUUUGUUACGCAUAUGUGCAAAAUGCAAAGAAAUUAGAUCCUAGAAGUGAACAGGGUAUAUUUGUGGGAUAUGAUAAAAGAAGUCCUGCAUAUCUUGUCUUUUAUCCUCAUUCCAAUAAGGUUGAACGUGUAAGGUGUGUGAAAUUUUUCAAUGAGAGCAACCAUGAAUCUAAGGUUAGUCCUGACGAACAGGAAGGGGAAUUUCUGCCCAGUAAACUGUCUGCACCUAUCGCCAAUGAGAGUGUAAUAUCAACACAAGGGGAUGAAAGUGUAAAUGGCACUGAAACUGUGCAUGAUGAAGUACGGUACCCUAGUCGAACUCGUACUAAGCCAACAUAUUUGAAUAAAUAUGUAACUGGUAAGGUUGUUAAUGAUGCAGCAACAUGUGCAGUUGAUUAUUGCUAUAGAACCCAUGACAUUCCAACUAGCUAUUCCCAAGCAGUACAUUCUCCUGAAAGAAAUAAAUGGGAAAAGCCAUGGAUGAUGAAAUUGAGGCCUUAGAGGGCAACGAAACUUUCGAGUUGGUCCCACCCCCAAAGGGCCGUGAGGUAGGAGGAAAAUGGGUGUAUACCGUUAAGACAGGACCAGAUAAGGCUGAAACAUACAAAGCUCGUUAUGUAGCAAAAGGCUACUCGCAGAUUCCUGGUAUUGAUUACCAUGAAACCUUUUCCCCAACCGCUCGGAUGAGCUCUAUUCGUGUUUUAUUGCAGCAGGCAAUUCAGAAUGAUAUGCUUGUUCAUCAGAUGGACGUAAAAACAGCCUAUUUAAAUGCCCCAAUAGACUGUAAGAUUUUCAUAGAACAGCCAGAAGGCUACGAAAGGGUAGGACAAAAUGGUGAGAGGUUGGUGUGCAAAUUAAACAAGUCUUUGUACGGUCUUAAGCAGAGUGGACGCAAAUGGAACAACAUGCUACAUGAUUACCUUAUGAAGGAGAGCUUCACUCAAUAAUUUGCUGACCCAUGUGUUUACAUUAGAAAUGGUGGUACAAAUGAAUGUACAAUUAUCAUCAUUUGGGUUGAUGAUCUCAUAAUUUCUGCUAGCCAUGGAAUUCUUUUGCAGAGUGUGAAACAUUCUUUAAGUAAUAAAUUUAGAAUGAAGGACCUAGGAGUAUUGUCAUGGUUCCUAGGCACAGAAUUCAAGUGUUCUGAAGGCGCAAUUGAAAUGAGCCAAAAGCAAUAUAUUGAGAAAUUGCUGUUAAGGUUUGGCAUGACAGAAUGCAAGCCAAAGGUGACCCCAACAGCACUAGGUUUAGAUAAGGUUGUGGAUACGAAAUCACCUGAAUUAAAAGAUCCAACUCUUUAUAGAGCUAUAGUUGGGAGCUUAAUAUAUGUGAUGACAGGUACAAGGCCUGAUUUGUGUUAUAUAGUCACUAAGCUUUCCCAAAACAUGUCGAAACCCACUGAAUCUAACCUUAUUGCUGCAAAACAUGUUCUAAGGUAUUUGAAAGGCACAAUUGAGCAAAGAUUGUAACAUUGGCACAUUGUAACAUAAACGCACUUGAUGUAAAAUAUAACUUAGUUCUUGUAUGCUCCCACAGAGUGUGUAUCUCUUGUAAUAAAGAAUGACAAUUAUAUAAUAAUGACAACUACAACGAACUCAACAACUUUAAUCUUGCAAUAUACAUUCAAUUUAAUCCUGCAAUAUACAUUCAAAAAACUCUGUAUUUAAAUUUAUUAAACACACCUCUUUGGGUGAACUUUGUCUGUUAAUACAAAAGCAAGCAAAUUUGUCUUGUAGAUUUCAAAUGAAACCAUUUCUCUCCAUUUCGCAUUUCGAAUAAUAGACUCGAGAUUACAAAAUACGAAUGUAAACUCUCCAUCUAGUAUUGCUUUCUCAUCCUCUUUGUUUGACAGUGAAGUCAGCACGGCAUCCACGCUUUCUUAGUUCACGGACGUGAGAGUCAAUGAAAGAGUUCAAUUUGCAAAUGACUAUUAAGAAGGGUUUCUCCAGAAAAUUGUGGCUUGUGCCAAGUCGUCGUGCUACUCUCGGUGCUAGAACUUAAACAUUUCAAAAUUCAAAUGCUUCAAUUCAAUCAAAACACGAAACGCCUGCGAACAAGCUAUGAUGUUUGCAAUAUCCAAUCAGAACACGUAUAGUCUAUCGAACCUAUAGUCAGCAGCCAAUCAACUCUUUCCUUCCAAUUUUGAAAGUUAUGUAUGGAAUGAACCCGAAAACCCCGCCAAUUUCACCAGAGGGUUAUUCAAAACAGGCAAAAAUAAAUACCCUCUGGCUCCAGGGUACCCCCUUGGAUGACCAAAUCGUUAAAACAAUCGAUUCACCGAAGGGAAAAAGCUUUUGCACUAAACGAUUUAGAUUCUUUUAAGAAAUUAAGAAACCAAGUAAACCGCGACAGGAAAUCUUGUGGGAAACGUUUCUAUCGAAAAAAAGUUGAACAUCUGAAGUCUUGUUCACCUGCUACAUGGUGGAAGGAAAUCAAAAAGUUAAAUGGCGUAUCUUCACCUGUGCCCUCACAUGAAUACACGAUAUCAAUCCUGCACAAUAUUGAUAAAGAGUCAUUGCCAUCUGAUCACACUCCUGAGCAACUUGCAAACAUGAUUAACGAAUCUUUUAUAACGCCUAUGAAAGCCUUUAUUCCACUACUCCCCCACUUACGCCUUGACAAUGAGGAUGACGACUUCCCGAGUUAG